GCAUCUCUCUGUGUCUCUGUGUGUCUCUGUGUGUCCCUCAGACACAUCUCAAGGCUUAUUGUGUGUUGGAAUAAUAAAUAGAAAGCUAUAUAAGCGUUUCUUCUUUUUAUAUUGGCUUUUUUCAAAUGGAGAUCUUUAUUCCACCGUCUUCUGUCUUCCAUUUCAUUUUCAGUAUGUGCAUGCAUAAUUUUCCUGAAAGUUACUGCAUGGGUACAAAUUUGCUUCCCAUGUGAGAAAGGUGGGCCAGUAAAAAAUACAUCCGACCGCUGCUGGUAAAAAACAAAGUAAGCGUAGUUUGUUCUGACUUUAUUUUUCUGACUGUAUGCACUUUGUCGACAGGCUACCUGAACGUGUUGUCCAAUAACCGUUGGAGGGAGCGCUGGUGCCGCCUGAAAGACAACCAGCUGCUCCUCCAUAAGGACCGUGACGACCUGAAGAGCCACAUCGCCUCACUGCCCCUUAGAGGCUGCGAGGUCAGCCCCGGCCUCGAUCACAAACACCCCUUUGCCUUCCGCCUGCUUCGUAACGGCCAGGAGGUCGCUGUGCUGGAGGCCUCCUCCUCUGAGGAGAUGGGUCGCUGGUUGGGGAUUUUAUUGGCUGAGACCGGCUCCACCACCGACCCUGCCACUCUGCACUACGACUACAUCGACGUGGAGACCACCGCCAAUGUCAUCCAGCUGGCCAAGCAGUCCUUCUGUUUCACCAGUAAGCGUGCUGUCUCUCCUAACCCGUACCUGGACAACCCCGUCAAUGGCUAUGCCUGCCCCACUGGAGUGGCUCUGCACUAUGACGAUGUCCCCAUUAAUGGAACGGUAAGAACACAGCUGCUCUGAGGCGAUGCACAUACACAACGGAAGAUAAAGCAAGACAUAGCAACAAUAGUGGAAAAAAUGACUGUGUAGCAAUAAAUGUGCUACAUUAAGCAACAUUAACAUAAAUAUGUUAUCGUGGGAUUAACUGGCAUAUGUCUGUAUAAGUAGUUACCAUAGUUAGGAUGAUUGGUAGCCUCUAUUUUAAUGUGGUAUUUUCAUCUCGGAUGUUUUUGGUAUUGUUUGAUUUAUCUUGACCAGUAUGAAUCUUAAUGUGACAACAAUGUCACAUCAUUAAUGAAACCAUUAUGUGUUGACAUAUUUACGUUACGAUUAUGUACAGGUUAGUGCCAGGUGGUGGAAGUGGUUUGAUGACAUAAAUCAGGGAAAAAGAGCAGAGGUGCUACAUCACGCAACAAAUGCCACAGUCUUCUUCUAUGUAGACGAGUCCCGUCAGGAGCUGAUGAAGCUCAGCUCACAGUGACAGUGACAUUGCAUUUUCGCUUCACAGUAAUUAAUCAGAGCAGCAUGUCGCCAUGUUGGGAAAACAGAAAGAGGUUUUAUGUGUUGGGGAAAAGUAGAGUUAAAAGGCAGAGACAGUCAUAGACGCAGCUGCCAGUCUAACCAUCCUUCAGUUUGAUAAUCACGUGAAAAGUUCAGAUUAAAGAAAAGUUAGCACGACCCCUCGAGUCACACUGGCCACAUUUAAGGGAAAUAAUCCAGUUUGAAAUAUGCAGGAAUAUUCCUCUGUGGUCCACCACUAGUAUGAUUUUAUUACACGUUAUAUGACACCUUUAGUCUAUAUUGCAAUGACACUUAUUAUGGCAAAGUAGUGUAACUAACUUUAUCAUCUUUCUCUCCUAUUAUGUACUAUGUCUCUCUCCUCUCUUCUCCUCUCCUCUCCUCCCUUUCUGUUUCCGGUGAGCGUGAGUGUGUGACGGUGGAUGUGCGAGUGGCGCUGAGUUUGAAUUGUUUUCUGUCCCUGAUCCCUGAUCUCCGGGUCUUUAACUGUGUUUCAACAUCUGUUUAUGUGCAUGUUCAGGUAAGUCUCUUUAACUGUUUUACUGGUUUGUAUGUUGAGUGAUUGGUGCUUUUGUCGAGGUGUUUUUGGGAGGAAUGGCGUCCUCCGAGACGCCACCUCUGUCUCUCCGGCAGGGAGUGAGGAUAGUCCCACCGGAUAAUAGCGUCACCGUAGAGGAGGUUUUGUUGGCUGUCGGUGAGCAGGUAGGACACGAUAAACUCUCCUUUGCAUCGAGAAUGAACAAAGCAGUGGUUGUGUUCCUGAAAGAAGAGCCUCGUGUCUACCAGCUGAUUGAGAGCGGUGUGUUCAUCAGGGACACAUUUGUGCAGGUCUCCUGACAGAGGUCAGCUCCUUAAACGCGGAUCACCGUGUCCGGUGACGGACCUACCUACGGCUGACGGACCUGUGAUCGAACCUACGGCUGACGGACCUGUGAUCGUACCUACGGCUGGCGGA